AACCUACAGACAGUCUUCUACUCAGCGACCGCACUACUAUGUUGGAUUCGGAAGCCAGAAAGAAGCAGACACCUGUCUGUCUCGAGGUGUGUGGCAUUUGACAAUGGACUAUUGAAUAAGAGAGAGGGGGAUCUUGUAGCUUGAUAGAAAUGGGGGACUGUGGCGAUCGUGCCAUGGAAGGGUCAUACAGCACAAAGAAAGUGCUUCCUCAGCGGCCAGGAUUUCGACACCAUCGAAAAGAGAACUAUGUGUGCCGAGAGCCCCUGUCCCGGCAGUCUACAGAGUUUAGUGAGGUCCCGGAGGGGACUCAGACCCAGUCCCAGCAGCCGCCCAGGGUGAAACUGAAUGGCUCCACUGUGGAGACACCCAGCCACCACGACCUGCACCGUGAACUACUGCUCAGCACCAAACGAGGCCUGUUACCAGGAGAGAAGCCUGAGCUGAAGCGAGUCCUGGAACAGAGGAGGCUGGAGCAGCAUAGAGAGCAGGAACUGGCUCUACGGCCUCCUUUAGAACUGGAGACUGAACUACGCAAGAGACAGCAGAUACUGCUGGAGUAUGAGCAGGAGGAGAUCAGGCGUCGAGAGGAGCAGGAGAAAGGUGUCCCUGAGUUUGUUCGUGUGAAGGACAACCUGAGGCGCACACAGGUGUCUGGGCAAUGAAGGCCACAUGAUGCUCUGUCCCUUCCCAUCACCCCCCGCAGCCUCCCACCACAAAGGCUCUGGCUGGGGCCCGUUUCUACACCCAAGAGUCCAAAGACUGCACUUCUACGCCUCGCUCACCACAAUGGUUCUGCCAUUACAAUGCGACCACCCUCCUGUUUCACCCUCCACCAACCUCCACUGUGCCCCAUAACCUACAGCUAUAUGAUGAGGGUCAACUUCACUGCAGCAAGUUACUGAAAAGACUACUACUAGGACUGAUUUGCAUCUCUUGCUGGACUGUUUAUACUUUGUGAAAAAAGCUAAUCAAAUCAAUCAAAUAAGAAAAUGUGUGAAAUAUAAAGCAAUGUAGGAACUGGUCAAUAGGUUUCAUGUAGAGAAUGUGAGUGAAAGCGCAUAGGUCUACUGUAAAAUAUGUGUAUGUUCAGGACAAAUAUUUUGUUCUUUAUGAAUAGUCAUUAUUUUUCUAAGUAUUUUGUAUUAUUUUACUAGGAACACUUUGUUUUGAAGUCUGCAUUCAAGUCAGUCACUUGGUUUACAGCAGCAUAGUGUCAACAUGUAAGUGUGUUCAUUUUUGGGUUUGUUUAUUUCUUUCAAAGUCCAUAAAUUAAGGAUAGGUUACUCCACUAUUGGACACAUGACAGUGACUGGAACUCUCGAUUUUGUCUUAAAGCAUUGUCACUCAUAGCUAAACCACCAAUGACAGAUGGUAUUAGUCCUAUUCGUUUGAAUUAAUUGUUUGCCUGUUCUUGUUGCUCCUUUUCUUUUUAAGCAAUGUGUUUAUCAAGAAGACAAUAAAGAUUUCCAGGAUUACAA